AUGGCCGAUACAACAACCCACGAUACCGUCGGCGCAUCAACCAUGGCCGCUCCGUAUUUCUCCCCUUCCUCGCCGUCACCGUCUGAUCAUCCCCCAAUCGACUCGCCCGACCGUCUUCCAAGCCCAGUCAGUAGUCCGGGGGCCCGAUCACCGUCUGGAUCACCGCCUUCCACCCGUGAAGCUUCUCUCGAGCGUGCGGCCCGGGAGCUUGAUGCGCGUCUCGCUCAAUACACCGUCGAUUUCAGCCAGUUCCCCAGUGGACACGGACCCGAUGACGCUAUAGAUGAACAACCAGAGAUCGAGGAGGAAGCAGAUCGGCUAUCAGCUGUCGGUGGGCCCGAGGAUUUUACUGCCAAUCUGGAACGCUAUCUACUUGGGGAGGAGGACUCGGUAGACCAGGACAUUCACGACGAGGACAAGGACCAGGAACAACCCCAGGAAGCGUUAGAUAGCGAGCCAGAGCUGCCUCAAUCCCAGGAAUAUGAGCAACCAGUCCGAUCAAGUACGGCCCAGUCGCAACAACCGGCAGUGGAAGAUGAGGCAGAGCUUGGCGAGUACAGCGAAUUUGGGCCUCCGGUCGACAUGUCUACUCCGUCGCAUCUGCUGCGCCGCAAUGUGGCCCCUACCCGAGAAGUGACGCACCUCGAAGAUAUCGAAGAAGAUCCGAAUGAUGACCCGAGUCUGGUAGCAACGCCAACUGCUCGUAAGCCGAAGUCACCAACCAACAAAGAUGUGAAACAGGCGGACGAGGACCUACGGCGGCAAAUUUCCGAGUUGACGCAGGCCGUUAAAGACCGUGAUGAUCAACUAGAGAAAAAUCGAAAGCGCGUUCUUGAAGCGGCCUCCGCCGGGGAAGAGAUCAAGCACCUGCGGGCCGAGCUGCAGAGAAAGAGUGUCCUCCUAGAAGAGCUUCAAGAAGGCCACACAGACAGGACCGGAUCGCGGAGAUCCUCUGUCAACACAUCCGAGUUCAAUACCCUUCAGAAACAGAUCGCUGACAUGCAAAGAGACAUGCAAACACACAACUCCAAUGCAGGCAUUGAUGCCGAGCGACUAGAGACAAUCGCGAUGCUGCGUCAACAGUUAUCGAUGACUCAGGAGCAAUUAAGAAAGCGGGAUGCGACUCUCGACGAGACUAUUGCGAAACUGAAAGAGGUCACUGCAGCUAAAGAGCUUCAGCUUCACGAAAAGAAUGCAGAGAUUGACAGGCUCCGUGGCCAAGUCGACUCCCAGCGUGUGGAAAUGGACAAGCUCGAGAUGGACGUCUCGCGCACUCACCGGGAAUAUCGGGUUCUUGAAGAUCAAAUGGUCUUGCUCGAAACCAAGAAUCGCCCAUUAGAGGAGAAAAACAGCACUCUUGAGGCCGACUUGACCCGCGCCCAGUCACAGGUAACGGCACAGGAGACCGCCCUAAAAGCGAUGGCAGCAGACCUACCAACCGAUACACCGGGAGGAACAUAUAGUGAAAUUCUCGAGUUAAUCAAAGAUUUGGGCCCGCCGAACACCAGCCGUCCCGCAAAGCCCAGAGACAGCGGCGACCAGGAAUUAGAACUGAUAUUCGAAGAGCUGGCCAAACUGCGCACAGAAUCAAGUGAACGAGCCACAACCAACAAAACCCUAGAGGCGCAACUAUCGCGUGCCCACGAUCAAGCCGCAGAAUCCCAACUCCUCAUCCAAUCCGUCGAGGCAGAGAACACGCGCCUCACCAAACAAACAGAGGAACUCAAAUCUACAUUCGAUCAAACCCACGAUGACCUCAACCGUCUUCGCACGCAAUACUCUGAAGCCGUAGAGACGAUCGAACGCCUCCAAGAAACCCGGCAAACUCAAACUCGGCCCCAGGCUCAAUCACAGCAGCCCAGCCCUCCAGCAACGCCUCAUACAAACUCCAACCUGGAUGCAACUCACAAGGCCCAAAUUGCCAACCUCAAAACCGCUCACUCAACAGCAAUCUCCACUCUCCGCUCCGCGCACGCCGACUCAACACGCAAACUGCGCGCUCACCUCGCUGCCUCUGAAAAGCGCGAAGCAGACCUUCGCGCUGAACUAGCCCAAGACCAAACGAGGCCUCAGAGCCAGCACAGCAACGAGGACAAAGAGAACUCGCACAAGGACGAAAUCGACUCGCUCCGCACCGAGAUCAAACGCCUGCAUGGCAUCAUCGCAUCCAAAGACGAAACCGCUGCCGCAAUGGACCUGCGCAUUGCCAAAUCUGUCGAGAAGCGCGAGCGCGAGUGGGAGCGUCGCGUUGAGUUACUACUCAAGGAGCGUGAGAGAAUGGGCAAGGCUCUGCUAUGGAGCUGGGGAGAGAAAGAGAACCCCCGGGACAAGGAUAGUAAGAGCAGGGGUGGCAGCAAACCUACAACAUCGGGCGAAAAUGAUAAAGAGAAUGUAGACGAGGACGGAAAACGGAGACAGCCGUAUCGGUAUAAAUACGUGAAGCGGACUUGA